AUGUCAUUACCAAAUCAUUUAAAUGAAACAUUUUCUCCAGAAGAAAUCCAAUUUUUGGUUGAGAACGAGCCAAUAAGAAUCUUCCCGCGUAUAACUACGCGUCAAAUGGUACGUGCAAAUCGUCAAUAUGAUGAGUUCGAUAGUAAUACCGCUAAACAAGAUAUGAAAUGGAAGUUAAUUACUAUGGAUGAUACAUCGUUAAAUAAUAUGGUUGCAAUGAAAUCUACACAAGUGACUCUAUGGGUGGCAUUAAUUUUAAAACAACAAGCCAAAUGUAGUAUAAUAGCACCGGCAUGGUUGACAGUUAAAGAAUUAGAUCGUAAAAUUCAAUAUGAACAAACCCAUUUAGAUCGAUUCAGUGAGAUGCCUUGGAAUUGGUUAGUAUUAGCCCAACUGCUAUUUAAUAAAGCAGCAGAUGACUUCCAUGAUCCUGUUCAUGAAUUACGUAGUAGGGUCCAAGAUUUAAGAGAAAUCCGUCAAUCUAAAGUAUUGAAAGGGUUACAAUACUUGAACGAAUCGCAUUUACAACUAGAUAAUCUGAGUGUCUUGGAAAUCAAUGAAUUAAGACCUUUUAUUAUUGGAGUAAUGGAUAAAUUGAGAGAUAUGCACGCAGCUGCUCAUUCUGGUUCAGCCAAUGAGGAUCAAGAUAUUGAUAACUAUGGCGAUGAUAGAUAUGUUGAAGCUGGUGUAUAA